CCAGGAUCGGCAUAAAUAUUGUUCUAUGUGGGCGUGACUUAUACAGAGUUAAAGGAAGUUGUUCUGGUUCAGAAAUAUGGCGAUUGGUGGUAGUAUUAAUAGGCCGAAAACGGAGCUGAAGAGGAAACUCUUCAAAAGACGCAGAGUACUAAGUAAAGGGAAGAGAAAGAAGCAAAAGGUUAUUGGGACAGUGCUGAAGAAAGUAUCGAUUUGUCAGCACCUGAAAAAACAUGGUUCCACAUCAAAUAUUAAUAUUUCUGGCAAAAAAAGAAGGAAACUGCUGAAGCAGAUUCGCCAUGUGGAAAAAGAGAAAUCUGCAAUGGAAGUGGGAGUAGCUUCAGGAUCAUUAAAAAUGUCCAGCAUCAUGGAAGCAGAACCUGUCUCAGCAAAGCUGAAAGGCAAGAAGAAAAGCAACAAGCCAUCACAAGAUGUUGAAAUGGAAAUAGUAGAAAAUGUAGAGUGACUGCCAAAAAUUAAAAAUACACUGAUCAAAUGCCUUUCUUAAACAUGAAAACAAGAAGGUUUCCAUCUACUAAAGCAGUUGGCUAUGCUACCUCCCCAUUUGUAAUCCUGCCAUGCCCAAAAUAUUUCAAAACUGCAUGCCAAUGCAUUGCACCGUUUCGAGGUUACGGAAUGCAAUGGGCUCCCCCUAAUCAGCUGUAUUUUAAACGAUCAUUUUGUUGACUAUAAAUACCAAGUUUAAGCCUAAGUUUAUACAUAAGAUAAGGAGAGAUGGGACUGUGCGUAUAGUUUCUUCCCAUUCUUUGUGUGCAUUUUAAGCAGGGAAUGGUUCCUUACUGUCAUGUUUCCCGUUUAGAGUAUUUUAAUGUGUUUAAAAGAUAGCCAUGUAACUAUUACCGAAUAUGUAUGUGAAGUUAUAUGUUUUGGCUUUCUUAGUGUAGCUAACCAUACCUUACUUUGUAUGCAGAACUUUUAUGCUGAGAUCUGAAUAAAGGUCAUGCACAUUUUUUAUAGAAAUUCUGAUAUAUUAUGACUCUUAUCUGAAACAAAGAUGUGAGAGUUUAGCAUUUUUUUUUUGCGGGGGAGGUAAUGUGAGAGCUUAGCUAAUUUAUUUUUAUUUUUGGAGUGGUUGUCAUCAAGUGAGCUUUGGUUUAGGCUGUCUUUUUUUUUUUUUUUUGUCAUCUUUUACUUGAAAUGUACUUAGCCAAGCCUGUAAUGUACAGUUUUAAGACCUAUUGCAAUUUGUAUAGUUUUCUUUAAAUUUGAAACCACAUAUGCACAGUACAAAUGUAUACACUUGUAGUUUGGAAACAAUACUACCUCCUUUGACCUUUUCAGUGGCAGUGAGUUGACAUAUUGUUAAUAAAAGCCUGAACUGAG